CGAGGAGUAGAUAGAAUUCAAAUGUUCAAUGAAUCACUCCCUUUCUCUUCAUAUCAGCUUCUAUAUUUACCUUUCAAAAUUAAAGACUCGGCGUAUGUCAUAGCAUUGAUUACUCUACAUGCGACAAAAUGGCAUCUAUAAAAGUUGCUGAAGCUAUUCCGAUCGUAUAUUCAACUAUGUCCUCCACAUUGAUGCCAUUUCUAUAUCAAACCAGGACAAUUGCUGGCCUGCAUAGGUCCAUAUGCAAUAGAGGAUACAGAAACAGCACCCUGCCUUCGAUUUGCAGAGCAGGUCUUCAUACUUCCUUAUCCCGAGCUAGCUACGAACCACAAGACGGAGCCUAUACUGGAGAUGAUACUGGUCCUCAAAUCAUUAGGAGAGCUCCUACGCCUAAGGGCAGCCAUUUUAAUAGGCAUAAACCUCGUCCAAGGGUUGCUUUUGAUGAGUAUAAACUCAAUCUUGACAAGAGUGAACUAGAGUCAGAAGGCAACAUUGCGGAAUCUGUGGUUAUUGGUUUCGAGGAAGACGACCAGUCAUUGAUAGAAUAUGGCACGGAAAUCGAUGCAUUAGCAAGUCCAAAUUAUCCGAAGCGCGAGUCUACCAUUACAGAUUCGGAGAGGCACACUUUCAAUCAAAUAUUUACAGAUAUUUUCAAGCGGACUCAAAUAACAUCUCUAUACGACCUUGAAGAUGACGGCACGCAAAUACCGCCCACCACGAACAGGGAGAGUGCGCGGAACAAGCUUGAUAACAUAAUGGAACAUUCGCUGUCGAACAAACGGCAUCGGACCACGAGGGAACGGGAAAUCGAAAUAAAUAGAUACCCACCAGCUCUUCGUGCUGCAGCUGCUAGGGCGAUUGGUCUUAAUCCAGUGGAGGAAAUAGAAACCAAAGUGGAAACCGCGGAACCAGAGCUCGACACUCAGGCACAGUUGCGAGAACCUGAACGUAUACGAGUGGAAGAAUUGCUGCGCAAUGCCAAUACAGAUUUUGAGCUCUGGGAUGUUCUCGAAAAAGAAGUAUUCCCCCUCAUUGCAAAAAUGGGUCUGGGAGAGACAAGAGAGAGCCGAGAUCAGCAAAGAAGAGGGAUAGAAGACUCUACCGUUCUUCCCGUCAAAGAAGAUCCCACUACCGUAACUGAUGAUGAGCCUGAGAUUUCCCCUCUAGCUCUUUAUGGCCCUCUCUAUCCAUCACACCUCCUUCUCGGCUUGCGUCUCCUCGACCGGGGUUUCAGUAGACCCUCUCAACUAUCCGUCUCGAUUCUUCCGCGCAUUAAAUCCUUCGGUCUCCUCUCUCAUGUUCUCGGCGCCUCCACACCUCUCUACAACGAGCUUCUACGCAUUUCCUGGAUACGAUACGACGAUUUCCGAACUUGUAUAGAUCUACUCAACGAGAUGGAACACGCAGGUUUGGAUUUCGACUCAGAGACAUAUGAGAUUGUCACCGACAUCUUAAAAAUCAGAGCUCUCGUAUGGAAGGGAGAAGCAGGUCGAAAUAAAACGGCAUUAUGGUCUUUACCAGAGUUUAAAAAGUCUCGCCAUCUCGAGUUUUGGCAGGAAAAAAUCGAAAGACUCUUAAGAGCGAAGAGGAUGAAAGAAAGGGUAUAGCUGAGUAUCAUGUGCAAUAAAUUAUAGAUCUGUUAGCUACUGGUCAUUCCACUAGCUGACUUUGUUUUAAUGACCUUUUCCUUUUCAUCAUUUGAGAUACACUACCCAGGUAUACUAUGAGUGUGAAGUGAUCGAUACCUAGGCAGUUCAUCCUUCUUGAAGUUGCGACAGGUGAAGUGAAAGGUCAUUGGUAAUAAUGCGUUGUAUGUAUGUGUGUAUGUGUGUAUGCAUAUGGCUAGUCGUGCUGACUAAGAAACGCGUUGCGUAAAUAAAUAAGGAUUCUC